AUGGGCCAACACGCCGCACCUAACAGCAUCGCCGGCUUGAGCGUAGGCUCAACUGGGUUGGGCCUUCUUAGUUUUACCCGUCCUUGGGCACGAAGCGAGUAUAUUGACGCCGCGGUGGUUAUGAAAGCCGCCCUCGACCAGGGUGCAAACUUCUGGAAUGGAGGCCUGCAUUAUGGCACCGCUGAGGCCAACUCGCUGCACUUACUCAAGUACUACUUCGACACCUACCCAGAGGACGCCAGCAAGGUCGUCUUGAGCAUCAAGGGCGCCUUCGACCGCACCACAUACCAACCUGACUGCAGCCCAGAGGCAAUCCGUGCAUCGGUCGAGGAGGCGGUCGGGAUCUUGGACGGCGUCAAGAAGAUCGAUAUCUUUGAAUGCGCGCGCGUCGAUCCCACUGUUCCCAUCGAGAUCUCUAUUCAGGCCCUGGCCGAGCUUGUCAAGGAGGGCAAGAUUGGCGCCAUAGGCGUCAGCGAGGCCAACGCCAAUACGAUCCGACGUGCCCACGCCGUGCAUCCCAUAGCCGCUGUCGAGAUUGAGCUGAGUCUCUUUACCCCAGACCCGCUAACCAACGGCGUGGUAGAUACGUGCCAUGAGCUUGGCAUUGCCAUCGUGGCAUACGGCCCCGUCGCUCGCGGGUGGCUUACAGGGGAGCUCACCAAGCUCGAGAAUCUCCCAGCAAAUGAUAUGCGCCGCAGGCUACCAAGGUUCCAGCCCGAAGUCUUCGACCAGAACUACAAGCUCGCCGAGGCAGUGGAGGCGGUCGCAAAACGCAAGGGAGUGACGGUUGCCCAGGUAGCGAUUGCUUGGGUGCGCAGCCAUGGCACAAUCCCUAUCCCCGGUUCAAUCAGGGCCGAAAGGGUCAUCGAAAACUGCAAGGAAGUCUCGCUGAGCAAAGGAGAUCUCGAAGAACUCCAGACGAUCAUGGACACACUACCCAUUGCGGGACAACGAUAUGGCGGGCAACAUGAGAAGCUGCUUAAUCAGUAG